AUUUUUAUCGGCCGGAAAUGCAUAUCUGCAUUGAACUAUUAGCACAUUUGAUGACAAAUCGCUUAUAUUAUAAACUAAGAGUAGUAUGUGAUUGUAAAUUCUUGUUUAAUUACUGAUUUUUAUCAUCUGUGCAUUAUGAAAAUUCACACCUAAAUCAAAUUUGGUAACGGUUAUCUGGGAACACAUGACUGUAUGUGAAACGCUGUUACUAUCUGUUAAGUUUGCCUUCAUUGACGGAUAUUUGUUUUUGACGAUAAAAUUUAUAAGAUUGUGAAUAAACGAACAUUAUAUAAAAAAAAAUUUUUAACAUAAAAAGUUAGUGUUUCUCCAUUGUAUGCUUUUAUGUGGUAGUGUUAAAAUAAAUAUUUGAUCAAUAUAUACCUGUGAAAUUUUAAAAGCUAUCAAAAAAGUGGUUAGAAACAGCAACGAUGAGCAACGAUCAAGCAAGUGAACUGUCUGAAACAGUUGAGUUAUCUUCAAAUGAUAUUGAAAAAAUAGAAGAAGCAAAAUUAAGAGCAAAAUUUCCAAAUACUGGACGCCCAAUUAGUGGACAUUCAGCCUUUCUACAGAAGAGGCUAGCUAAAGGGCAAAAAUAUUUUGAUUCCGGAGAUUAUCAAAUGGCAAAACAGAAAUAUACAGCUAAGCCAAAGCCAGCUGGUGUAUUGCCAACAGGUGAUGCUAUACCUACACCUGAAACUGUACCACAACGAAAAACAUCUAUUAUUCAACAAAAAUUUAAUACAACAAGUACAUCAUAAAUUUUUGUAAUAUCUUAGAAGUUUUGCAACUCCAGUGAUACAUAAUAUGAUUAUAUGCAAUUUAAAUUUUAAAUGAUUCAGUAUCUUUAUAUUUUAUAGAUGAUAUUAUCUUAGAAACAUAGUUCUUAUAUUUUCUGAAAACUUAUUCAUCAUCAGUGCAUUGAUCUUUUUCGUGCUAAAUAAGUCUUUCUUAAAAAUCAUAUUUGAAGAUUUUUAAGGCACUUAAAAAAGUAAAAAUUAUAAUAAUUUAUAACAAUGUAUCAAAUAUUAUAAUCUUGUUUUUCCAUAUACUAAAAAUAUUAACACUUAAGCAAUAGUUACUUCUGUGCUAUUGAGUUAAUUUUUAGGACCAAAAUAAAUUGCAUCUUAGAUUUAAAAACACAAAUGUAGAAUUUCAAAAUUUCCUAUUAAAAUAUACAAUGAAAUUAAAUAUUCAAAAACAUAAAACGAUAAAUGAAAAUAUUGUAAACGUAAUCACUUGUAUAUGUAAUAGAGUUUCAAAAUGAGACAUUACACAAACCUGCAUUUCCAAAGUUGCUGUGAUGUGCUUAGUAAAACUAUAUUCUUAUAAGAUAUCAGGUUGUCAUAAAAAUCUGUAUGUAGCAUAAAACAAAUUUAAAUAUAAUACUUGUUUUGGUUACUGUAAACUACAUUAGUAAUACAUUAUAACUUAAACUUA